CGCCAGCGCCGCCGCAUGGACAGGGUGGGCGUGCGCCAGCCCACGGUGGAGGUGCGGUGGCGGAACGUGCGCGUCGAGGCCGACUGCCAGGUCGUCGACGGCAAGCCGCUCCCCACGCUCCUCAACUCCGCCAUCUCCACACUCUCUCUGUUCACCACCAUGCUGGGAUUCAAACGUAACCAAGAAAGGAUCCACAUCCUCAAAGAUGUCACCGGCAUUCUCAACCCCUCCAGGAUGACCCUACUCCUUGGACCCCCAGGCUGCGGCAAAACCUCCCUCUUGCUAGCACUUGCAGGAAAGCUCAAUAGAAAUCUCAAGGUAACAGGCGAAAUUGAAUACAACGGUGUCAAGCUGCAAGAGUUUGUUCCGGAGAAGACAUCAGCUUACAUUGGUCAGUAUGAUCUUCAUGUCCCUGAGAUGACUGUCAGGGAGACGCUCGACUUCUCUGCAAGAUUCCAGGGCAUUGGCAGCAGAGCAGAAAUCAUGAAGGAAGUCAUUAGAAGGGAGAAGGAGGCCGGUAUCACCCCUGAUCCCAGCAUAGAUACAUACAUGAAGGCUAUAUCUAUGGAAGGUUUAGAAAGAAGCAUACAGACAGACUACAUUAUGAAGAUCUUGGGACUUGACACAUGCGCUGAUGUACUAGUGGGAGAUGCCAUGAGAAGAGGUAUUUCAGGUGGUGAGAAGAAAAGACUAACCACAGGAGAGAUGAUAGUAGGGCCCUCAAAAGCUUUCUUCAUGGAUGAAAUAUCGACUGGGCUGGACAGUUCGACCACCUUCCAAAUUGUUUCUUGCCUUCAACAUCUAGCUCAUAUAUCAGAGUCUACCAUACUGGUCUCACUCCUUCAACCAGAACCAGAGACUUAUGACCUUUUUGAUGAUAUUAUCUUGAUGGCUGAAGGACAAAUCGUUUACCAUGGUCCUAAGGAUUGCAUUAUGAGUUUCUUUGAAUCGUGUGGAUUUAAGUGUCCCGAAAGAAAAAGGACCGCUGACUUUCUUCAAGAGGUCUUGUCAAAAAAGGAUCAACAGCAAUACUGGAGCCGUACAGAAGAAAGAUAUAAUUUUGUUACCGUUGACCAAUUCUGUGACAAGUUCAAAGCAUCCCCAAGUGGUCAGAAUCUUGUGGAGGAGCUUUUGAAGCCGUAUGACGAAUCAAAAGGGCAUAAGGAUGCCCUGUCCUUCAACAUCUACUCAUUAUCCAAGAUGGAUCUUCUCAAGGCAUGUUUUGCGCGGGAGCUCCUCCUUAUGAAAAGGAAUGCCUUCCUCCAUAUAACAAAAACCAUUCAAAUUGGACUACUUGCUGUUAUUACUGGGACAGUAUUUCUGCGCACACGUAUGGGAGUUGACAGGGUUCAUGCUAACUAUUACAUGGGUUCAAUCUUUUAUGCGCUCCUGCUUCUGGUGAUGAAUGGAUUCCCUGAACUGGCCAUGGCAGUUAGCAAACUCCCGGUCUUCUACAAACAGAGAGACUACUACUUCUAUCCGGCAUGGGCUUAUGCAAUACCAUCUUUUAUCUUAAAGAUUCCAGUCUCUUUAGUUGAGUCGGUAGCUUGGACAUCAAUAUCCUACUUCCUGAUUGGCUAUACUCCGGAAGCAUCUAGAUUUUUCCGUCAGCUCCUCGUCCUCUUCCUGAUCCACACAGGAGCAUUAUCAAUGUUUCGAUGUGUCGCCUCAUACUGUCAAACAAUGGGGCCUAGUACAGUUGGUGGUACACUGGGAAUUCAGGUCAUCCUUCUGCUUGGGGGUUUCAUAAUUCCCCGCCCAUUUCUGCCUAAUUGGCUAAAAUGGGGAUUUUGGCUCUCCCCAUUGUCUUAUGCUGAGAUAGGCUUAACUGGAAAUGAGUUUUUGGCACCAAGAUGGUUGGAGAUCACGGUAUCUGGUGCAACACUUGGAAGGAGGAUACUAAUGGGUCAAGGGCUAGACUUCCCCAGCUACUUCUACUGGAUCUCAGUCGGAGCACUCGUUGGGUUUAUUUUGUUGUUUAAUGUAUGCUUUGCCACCGGCCUGACUAUUAAAAACCGGAGGAUGGUAUUGCCUUUCACAUCCCUUACAAUAUCAUUCCAGGAUGUCAACUACUAUGUAGACACCCCUGCGGAAAUGAAGGAGCAUGGUUACAUAGAAAGUAAACUACAACUACUCCACAAUAUCACAGGAGCAUUCCAGCCAGGGGUUCUCUCGGCACUCAUGGGAGUUACUGGAGCUGGAAAAACGACACUCCUUGAUGUUCUUUCUGGAAGGAAAACAGGCGGUGUUAUUGAAGGAGAUAUAAGAAUAGGAGGUUAUCCGAAAGUGCAGCAGACUUUUGCUAGGAUAUCAGGCUACUGUGAACAAACUGAUGUUCAUUCUCCACAAAUCACAGUGGGCGAGUCAGUUGCAUAUUCAGCUUCAUUGCGCCUUCCGCCAGAAAUUGAUUCAAAAACAAGAAAUGAAUUUGUCAAUGAAGUCCUUGAAACAAUUGAGCUGGACGAAAUUAGAGAUUCUUUGGUUGGAGUGCCUGGUGUAAAUGGUCUAUCAACAGAGCAACGGAAACGGCUCACUAUUGCAGUCGAGCUCGUGUCUAAUCCUUCAAUCAUAUUCAUGGAUGAGCCAACAUCAGGUUUGGAUGCAAGGGCAGCUGCCAUCGUCAUGCGUGCAGUGAAGAACGUUGCAGACGCAGGCCGAACAGUUCUGUGCACCAUUCACCAACCAAGUACUGAGAUAUUUGAGGCAUUUGAUGAGUUACUGCUGAUGAAAAGGGGUGGAAAGUUGAUUUAUGCUGGGCCACUUGGACACCUUUCGUGUGAGGUCAUCCGUUAUUUCCAGGCAAUACCUGGGGUGCCCAGGAUCAAGGACAAUUACAACCCAUCAACAUGGAUGUUAGAAGUUACUUCUACAUCUAUGGAAGUUCAACUGGGAGUAGAUUUUGCACAACUGUACAGGGAAUCAUCAAUGUGCAAGGACAAGGACAUACUGGUAAAGCACUUGAGCAUACCAGUUCCAGGUACAAGUGACCUCCAUUUCGCAACACCGUUCCCACAGAAGUUUUGGGCGCAAUUCAAAGCUUGCCUCUGGAAGCAGUCUUUGUCAUAUUGGAGAACCCCUUCCUACAUCCUGGUGCGAAUGGCGUUUGUAACAGUCACAUGCAUUUCCUUUGGUGUAUUAUUCUGGCAGCAAGGAAACAUCAAUCACAUAAAUGACCAGCAGGGUUUGUUUACCAUAUUGGGGUGCAUGUAUGGAAUCGCUGUGUUCGCCGGCAUCAACAACUGCCAAUCGGUGAUGCCAUUUGUAUCCGUUGAGCGCUCCGUCGUGUACAGGGAAAGGUUUGCGGGGAUGUACUCACCUUGGGCCUACUCCUUUGCUCAGGUGGCCAUGGAGAUACCUUAUGUGCUGGUGCAGGUACUGCUGUUCAUGGUGAUAUCGUACCCGAUGGUAGGGUACACGUGGACACCAGCGAAGUCACUUUGGUUCAUGUAUACCAUGUCUUGCACACUGCUCUACUUCCUCUACCUGGGAAUGAUGAUGGUGUCACUCACCCCCAACAUCCAAGUCGCAUCCAUACUUGCAUCCAUGUUCUACACCCUACAAAACCUCAUGUGUGGCUUCAUCAUUCCAGCACCACAAAUACCGAGAUGGUGGAUAUGGCUCUACUACAUCUCUCCAAUGUCAUGGACGCUCAACGUCUUCUUCACCGCACAGUUUGGGGAUGCCACCGACAGAAUGGUGGUGGUAUUUGGAGAGACCAAAUCCAUCGCAGUGUUCAUGAGGGACCACUUUGGUUAUCGGCGUGACCUGCUUUCACUGUCAGCCAUAGCUCUGGCGGCAUUCCCCAUCCUCUUUGCCGUCCUCUUUGGAUACAACAUCUCAAAGAUCAAUUUCCAAAGGCGGUAG